AUGCGCGUGCAGAUCAGUUCCGUGAGUGAUGGUUCGUCUCCUUGGUCCUUGGAGCUGGAUGUGACCAGCGACAUGCGCGUUGCAGAGCUAAAGCAGGUGCUGCUGUCCAACCACGGUGUGAGGAUGCCUCCGGAUGCCAAAGUGCUUGGUAGGCGGGCCAACGGCUUGAUGGUUACGCUGGACGACGGCUCCAAAGUAAGCCGGGACAUGCUGCUGCGUGGAGCCACCGUCCCAAAGAAGGACAAGCAGCCGCCAGUGGCACCAGCAGCCAGCCCUGUGCAGCAAUACCUUUCGCGCACAAGGGAGGCAACACAAACGGUUGAAACAACCUCCGCGAGCCGCGCUACACCUAAAGCAGUUUUUCCGGCGCGCAGCCCCGCAGAACCUUCAAGGCAACCUCCCAUUAUCAUGCCCGGCUGGCCGAGCUACACACAGCACCAGGCGCCAAAGGCGCCGGCAAAGGCGCCGUCAGCUACAACUGCAGCUGCUUCACUUGCUUCAGCUUCCCAAGCUUCCCAAAAGAAGGACCAGAAGCGAAGUUGGCUUCGCAUGGUGCAGCAUGUCUGGCCUGCAGAAGAAGUAAGGAGACCAACGGCUCCUCACCAGGUCGUUGCUUUGGCCGAUCUUCUGAAUGGUCUGAUCACUGCUGUGGCCGCCGAGUCGGUCCAGGCACAGCUUGACUCCAUCCUGGCGUGCCGAGCUGAAGAACAACUCGAGCGCGUGGAAGGCAAACAGGCCAGAAUCAUCGAAAUGAUAAGAGACUUCAGCCAGCUCAUCUGCCGCAGCGCGCGGUCAACUCUCAAGAAGAAAGGUCAUGGUAGUGGGGGCCUGCGGGCGUUUUCGCAGGUUUGUCGAGAGCUGGAGGUCAUCUCGCCGCUGGAGCAGAUUAGCGUCUUGUUGGGAUCAUACCAGUACGUCUUAUGGAUGGGCCCACAGUCUGAUCAAGUGACGCGCGCUCCACGCAGGCAGCCGGUCAGAUCCAUGCCGGCCUCCAUCGCCUUCGCAUACAUCCACCAUGCGGCCUUAGCACCUCUGGAGAGGCGGAAGCGUGCCUGCUUCCGGACAGUCGCAUUUCUGGAUGUGAUGCUCAGGGAGUAUGGGAAAGGUGCUGGAGAGGCAUGGUCUUCGGCAGAGGCAGUUCGGUCGCCCCUGAACGUUUGGAUUUUGGGGGCCCGGGAUGGGGAGGAGGGAUGGCUUGCCCAGCUUGGGUACUGCGAAGAUGCGGCCGGCCUGCUCAGCGGCGAGGGAGUGCGCAUGAACCUGCACUUGAUUGGAGACAUCAACGUCGACAUGCCGCCAGGCAAGCGAGUUAUGGUCAGCGCCGGCACUCAGCCGCCAAAGUGGCAACCAGAUCUUGUUGUUUGUUUGCACGCAGAUGAACGGCUUGUUCACUGGAUGCCCUUGUUUGCAGAGCUGCUCGGCACUCCCAGCGGCACAUCUCGUCAAGCACAACCGGUCUUGGCGCUUACUUCACGAUGCGAGGCGGAAGCCGAGCGUGCCGCAUCCUUGUUCGGCCAACUCGGCGGCCGGGUGAUCCUGCGCAGCGUGCGCAACCUCUUCUCCGGUAUGGCUGCCGGCCCACAGGCUAUAUACGAUGAUCACGGAUGGGUUUCCGCCAUACAAGGAUCGAAGUUUAGUGCGGUGCAGCUGCUGGAGCACAUGACGUCCUUGGACCUCACAGGGCUGUCCCUCCCGGCUGACCCCCCUGGUGGCAGCUUGAAGGAGGAAGCGAAGGAAGCGAAGGAAGGGAAGGAAGGGACGGCGGAGCGGGGUCAACGAAGUCCCGCUGUGUUCUGGGGCAUCCUGGACCUGAAGUAUGACCCCGACCUUAGCCUGGAGGACCGCGUGAAAGUCCUUGAAACUGGUGAUGGUCGCAGUUCCAAGUUCUCGGGCUAUGGAGCUGCGAUCAAGGAAAGCUUUAAGGCAGACAAGAAGCUCGAAGAAACCCUGCAUCGUGCUGUUCUUGUUGAAAACAAGAAGCUGACACGUGACUUCUUCGUGGAGUGCGGCUAUGGGCACCUCAUGCCAAAGCAAGUCUGCUUCCGGAGGUUCUACAGAGAUGAUCUAGCCGCAGACAUCAUCGCUGGACUUGGGCUGGCAUCAGAGGGCUGCUGUGUUCUGAAGCUCUGCAACCGAGCACGGGGCGCUGGCUGCAUUCCAGUCCUUGCCUCCGACUUGGACUUGGCGCUGGAACGUUUGUUGAUCUUGCCGGAGAAUGUGGAGGCGUGGUUGGAUGGCCAAGACAGGGACUUCCCGAUCGACUGCAAGUGGGGCUGUUUCCAGGAACAGAUCCGCCACUGGUGGUCCAAUGAAUGUCCGGUCUUCGUGGCAGAGGAGCUCUGCAAGUCUUCGCCGGUGCAACAAGAAGGUAAAGCCUUUGACGGGACGAUGCGGGUGGGCUUCUCUCUUCACCGCGUGGAGGAACCCGAACGUGCGGAAGAGUCUGAGGAGGAGGAGGAGUUGACCUUCCACAGCACUUCGGCUCCGGAGCCCGAGCCUGCUGUCGAGUUCCCCGGUGAGGCACCCCCGGGAGCCUUGAGCAUCGAAUGGCUCGGGGGCUACUGGAAGCUUCCUGCAGAGGACACCACCUCCACCGACCUUUCCGCUAAGAUCAUCAGCAAGGCCAGACAGGGCACUGCGCCGGUGGAUGCGCGGCAGCUGCAGGAAGUCUAUGCCGCCCUGGGCGAUUCCGUGCAGAUGGUGUUCACCAACGCCAGCCUCUCUCCUCAGACCCUGCUUCGCCGCUACCCAGACAUCGGUGAGCUUGGCGCUUUUGUGGCAUCGAGGCUUGCGUGCUCAAUGCGGCUGCGCGACCCCACGAAGAGCAACAUGGUCCUGGGACUGGCACAGACAUCUUUGUCCAAGUGCCAGGGCCCUUGCAAGGCCUUCGUGGAGUCCUACAUCCACCGGAACUUUGGCGUGCUGGAGGCCUUAAUGGGCCGCUGGAACAAGACCGCAGACCACUUCCAGAAGGCCAUCUCUGUGAUGCCCACGAAUGCCACGGCCCGGUACCUGUUGGGAAUGCAGUGCUUGGAGGCCGAACUCUGGAAGAAGGCCAUUGUGCAGUUUGAGGCAGCUCUGCAGCUAGACCCAGACUUCAAGGCCCCCUGGAUCAACCUUGCGGUCGCCUGCCUGCGCCUCGGUCAGUGGCCGCUCGCCAUCAGGGCAUGUGAUGCUGGCCUCUACCGCCAUCCCAACACAGCCCACUGUUUCUACAACAAAGGCCUUGCAUACUUCUUCAAGGCGGUGGAGCAGGAGGCACAAGCGCCUUUCGCAUCCUGGCAGCCUGCGGGGCAGCUGCGCGAAGCGGCCCUUCAAGCCUUCGAGGAUGCCCGCGCAAACCUGGAAAGGAUGUCCAUGUGGACGGCAAGUGAUGACCAGCUCGUGGAGAGUCUGAAGAUGACGGACAACCGCUUGGCCAAGCCACUGUCCUGGGAUGGUCUCGCCCUGAGCUGA